AUGGGUGUGCAAUACAACCCUCAAGAGUCGAUGAAGUCGACAUGGCGGACAGGCGACAGGAAAGAAUGGACCCGUCACCACUGGACGAUGGAGAAGUUCAAUCUCCACCCGACGGACCUUGACAGGCCUGUUCCUGUCCACCAGAAGACCGACAAGGUGCCUUACCUUCCUACACUGCAAUGCCAUGUCUGGGUGCUUGCCCAUGCCGUUUGGCCUAUGCUACUUCACCAAGCCUACGCAUCUCUUUCCGGCAGGAACCUUCCUUGGUAUGCGACCUUCAUCCUCUACACGCUCGCCUUCAAGAUAAACGCAGUCCACGAACUGCACAUGCUCCGCAAUCUUGGAAUGAGAUAUGGCUUUCUCGACGGCGACAAACAUGAGCGCGACCAAGUGCCCGACGCAACCGUUGCGAAGACCUUCCGUGCUCUUACGAACACCUCGACCUUCCGACCUCUUAUGGCCGUCAUCCUGGCCUACCGCAGCGCCGAUCUGCCGUCUUCUACCAGUUGGUGGCUCCCAGUCGAGCUCGGUCUCUAUGGCAUCGUUCUCGAUUUCUGGUUCUAUUGGUACCACCGCUGCAUGCACGAAUUCGACGGUCUCUGGAAAUACCACCGCACCCACCACUUGACCAAGCAUCCUACUCCACUCCUCACCAUCUACGCCGACGUCGAGCAAGAGAUCUUCGACAUUGCUGUAAUUCCUCUUAUGACCUGGCUUACGCUCAAAGCCAUGGGCUUCCCCAUGGGCUUCUACGACUGGUGGAUCUGCCAUCAGUACAUCGUCUUCACCGAGUUGUUCGGACACUCUGGCGUGCGUCUCCUCACGUAUCCUCCUUCCACAAACAGCUUGUUCUUGCGGCUCUUUGAUGCGGAGUUGAUCACGGAGGACCACGACCUGCAUCACCGCAAGGGAUACCGGAAGAGUCAUAACUAUGGCAAGCAGACCCUCCUCUGGGACCGCGUGUUUGGCACUGUUCACGAGCGGAUUGAAAGUACGCCAGAGAACAUCGACUAUGAGAAUCCUGCCACGCUUGAGUUCUUUCCGAUUAUCGCGGAUUGGUUGUUGGUUACUGAGAAGGCGAAGGCCACGUGA